CCCCCCCCCCCGCGCUCAUCCGGGUCCUUCCGUGCGGUGCAGCAGGUCGGUAGGCGGGAAAUGGCGACUGGCGGCCGCCCGGGCUGCUGAGCAGCGGCAGCGGCGACCGGAGCCCCCCGGCGGCGGCUGGGGCGGCGGCGCUGCUUGGUGCGAGCGACGCGGGAGGCCCGGCCCGGCCCUGCCGCCGGGGAGCCCGGCCCAGAAGCCUCGCCGCCUGCCCACGGCCUGCCCCGGCAGAAGGGCAGCAGCGGCAGCCGCAGCAGCAGGAGGGCCCCCCCGCGCCUCCGCCGCCGCCGCCGCCUCCUCCUCAGCGCCUCACAGUUUUACAUGUGAUACCAACAAAAAUGAGGCUGAGAACGCGGAAAGCUUCUCAGCAGUCAAAUCAAAAUCACACGCCACGUGUGUUGAGGGUAAAGAGGAAAUACUCUGAUGUGGAAGAGAGCUUGCCUGUUGGGGGAGAAAAACCACAGAAAAAUGAAACUGGCUUAUUGUCGUCAAUCAAAAAAUUCAUUAAAGGAAGCACCCCAAAAGAUGAAAGGGAACACCCUGCAAAGAGAAGUAGAAUUGAGCGUGAUAUAGAAGACAACUUGAUUACAUCCACUCCCCGAACAGGAGAAAAGCCUAACAAACAGAUCUCUCGAGUGAGGCGGAAAAGUCAAGUGAAUGGAGAGGCUGGAAACUAUGAAAUGACCAACCAGCACGUUAGGCAAAAUGGGAAGUUAGAAGAUAUUCCUACCACUGGCAGCCCCCCACGGACGACGUUACUGGGGACCAUAUUUUCUCCUGUCUUCAAUUUUUUCUCUCCAGCCAAUAAAAAUGGGACCGCCGGCUCAGACUCUCCAGGGCAAGCUGUGGAAGCGGAAGAAAUCGUGAAGCAGCUUGAUAUGGAACAGGUGGAUGACAUCAUCACCAACACUGCAGCCUCUGCCAAUGGAGCGACCUACACUAGCCAAGCUGUACAAGUCAGAUCGAUCAACAACGGCUUGGAGGAAGUCGAGGAUACGACUGACCGUGAUCUGCCACCUCUCACUGCACCAGUCUCUCCGGACAGCGGUUACUCAUCAGCUCAUGCAGAAGCGACCUAUGAAGAAGACUGGGAAGUCUUUGAUCCGUACUACUUCAUCAAACAUGUUCCACCACUAACAGAAGAACAACUUAAUCGGAAGCCUGCUCUUCCACUGAAAACGAGAAGCACACCAGAAUUUUCAUUAGUUCUAGACUUGGAUGAAACAUUAGUCCACUGUAGCCUAAAUGAACUGGAAGAUGCUGCACUCACAUUUCCAGUCCUAUUCCAAGAUGUCAUUUACCAGGUUUACGUGCGAUUAAGACCAUUCUUCAGAGAAUUCUUGGAACGUAUGUCUCAAAUCUAUGAGAUCAUCCUUUUUACUGCUUCCAAGAAGGUGUAUGCGGACAAGUUACUGAACAUACUAGACCCUAAAAAGCAACUGGUGAGGCACCGACUUUUCCGCGAGCAUUGUGUUUGUGUACAGGGAAACUACAUAAAGGAUUUAAAUAUCCUUGGUAGAGAUCUUUCAAAAACUAUCAUUAUUGACAAUUCACCACAAGCCUUUGCCUAUCAGCUUUCAAAUGGAAUUCCUAUAGAGAGCUGGUUCAUGGAUAAAAAUGAUAAUGAACUCCUAAAACUGAUUCCUUUUCUGGAGAAACUUGUAGAACUGAAUGAAGAUGUUCGACCUCACAUCAGAGACAGAUUUCGCUUGCACGACUUACUACCCCCUGAUUAAACUCCAAGCCUUCAUCAGACAGCUGAAGGGGAAGAAAAAGCAGGACCCUUUUUUCUUCUUUUUGGACUAAAACAAAAACAUUGCCAUUACUGUUGAAAUUUUUGCAUUUUUGUACCCUGUCUCGCUUUUCUUAUCUCUGGUGCCCAACAAUAAUCAAGGGUUACAGAAGGACUUUCUAUAUCGCCAAAUGGAACGUGUACAAUACAGUACAGUACAGUAGGUGGGCUAGAACAGAAGCGUCUUUAGAUCUAGUGCAACUCCAAUAAAUUUUUUUUAUGUACAGGGCAUCUGCCGUUUUUAAAUAAUUCUGUUUCUGCCACCAGCAGUUUGACCUAUAAAAACACAGGAUUUUAUGAAAUAACAGAGAUUGAAAAUGGACUUUUGUUUUCUCUCUGUUUGGUGCUCUCUAAGUGGGUUUGUUGCCACUUUGUGUUACUUUUAAGAUUCUCAUUUCAACAGGAAUGGCCAGUAAAUGUGGGUUGUUUUUUUUUAAUUUUCCUGUUAAGGUUUAUAACCUUUUUACAUUUUUGACCUGUAUUAGAUUUUAGAAUUUCAUUAUGCAUUCCUUUUAGUUGAGGCGGCUUCAUAGUUUUUCUGGAAUUAGCCAAAUUUUCUUAGUUUUUUAUUUUUUAUUAUACAAUUGAAUGGCCGCUUUCCUGCUUUGUCUGCCUGCAUACUGUAUAUUUGUUUAAAAAUAUUAUCUAGUUUUAUUCCAUGUAAGUUUCAUUUAGAAAUCUGCGUUUAUAUAUAUAUAUAUUUUUUGUUUCUGUAAUAUUCUACUGUAGUGGAAAUCUCUUCCAAAAAAAAAAAAAUCAAGAGACUGGCUAGAUAAGAAAUAUAAGAAUAACUAAUUCAGAAUAUUUAAACCCAUUGUGAUGGCAUGUGCUCUGGACAAAUGAUCUCUUGCGGUGGUACACACACAGCUGAUGGACAAGGAUCAAUACCUCAGAGUCUACUGUGCAUAUGAGUCCUUGAGGAGAGCUUGCUUGGUCUGAUGUGAGUCAGUGACUGCUGCCUUCAGAGUCCUCUGAGAACCAAGUAUUGUGGGGAGCAGUUCAGUAUUGGCAGCUGUCUUGCUUGCAUGGGUUGGUCCCUCUGCUAUGCAGUUCGUUACAAUCAGUUCUAAAUCUUGUGUAGCAGUGACGGCACCACCACAGUAACUAUGCAUAAUCCAGUGGUCCAGUACACUCCUUUGCCGCCAGGGCAGCUGAGAUGCUAUCAGAGUGGUUUUUUAUGCUCUAUGGAAAUGGUUUUCAAGCCUUGGUUCUCUAAUGCAGCUUGUGCAGAGGCUGAUAUUUUUUUAAUGGAGUGUAAUCUCCUUUUUAGGAGGCUUUUUAUGGAAGGGAAAAAUUUGUAAAAGUUAGUAAGCUUUGCCUCUAAACUGCAUUAACCUGCCACAGGCUCGGGCUGUUUUUGUGUAAAGGAUGUUGCAGAAUAUGGCACUUUUUCUAAAGAGAAGUUUGAUAUUUUGUAUGCUUGUUAAAGAAAGUACAGUAUUGGAAAUUAAAGGUGGACAACUGAUAAUUGAGAAGUAUGUCAAUUAAUUUUUUAUGUAUAUUACCUGUUUACUUGUACAAUUUUAUUGUACAAAUUACAUGCAGCUUCAUUUUCAAAUGAGUCCUUAAAAUAAGGAAAAUCUUUUUAGGAAAACAUUUAAUUUUUGUAUUUUUUGAUUUUAAAAGGCAUGAGUUAUGUCAACUUUUUCCAAUGUAUUAAUGAAGAUUUUAACUUUUCAUCAGGUUGAGUGUUUUCUUACUAUAUUAUCUGUUGUAUAUGUAGCUAGCACAUUGUGUCACUGAACUGUUUUAAAAGGAAAAAAAGUUAGCAUGUAGAGCAAGCCUGCUUUGUGGGAAAUUAUUAUUCAUUUAAAACAAAAUCAUGGUGGAUUUUCUGCAAAAGAGAAAAAAGGUGAAAAGCGUUUGCUAUCCAGAAUGCUGACUUCUUUGUAUGUAAAGAAAGGUAUUUUGCUUGCAGGAAAAUGCUACAGAUUCAUUUUAAUGAGAAUCUUUGAAAUGUAUUUAUCUUUAGGGAAUCUUUAUGCUGUUUGUCUUAACGUCUUUAUUGAAAUAAAAUGUACAUAAUGUUACAUUACAUUAUAUAUAUAAUAUAUAUAAUGUAAGUGUGUGUGUGUGUGCGUGCGUGUGCAUGCACGCGUGUGUGUGCGCGUGCUCAGAAAUGACCCUGUAACCACUCCCUGUUUUGCUGAUUACAGGUAUAGACUUGUUUUUUAUUUGAAAAUGCUAUGUUUGAAAGUUCCUUCAUAAAUGUUUGAGUUCUUUACAAGUAAAAGAUAGAUCUAGACAUAGCCAAGAAUUUGCCCUUGAGGCUCCUCCUGAUGAUAGCCACCGUUCUCUUCUCAGUGGUCUCCAAGAGGGGCGGGGGCAGCCCACACUCACUCCCUGGAGUCCAGGGGGCUGCAGAGGCCCCUGCCCUGCUGGGAAAUCCCUGGCAGGAGAGUAACAGAGUUGGGGGAGCCACCAUUGCAGCCCUUUAAGACCACAAAGGAGACAGGCGGCCCUCGUUAUGCGCCAAUGUGGAAACUGAGAAUAACAAAACCUUGAGUCAGUGGGAAUUUGGGUGUGUGUGUUAGCUUCAUAACCCCACCCCACACAAAAAGGCCCCCAAAAUGUGGGGGACAGAAAUAAGAGAAGAAAAGGAUAGUUGAACUUGGGCAAGUAUUUGCCAAAAGAAAAGGCUUUUUUUUUAAAAGCCACAAAAUGUAUCUCUGCUGGAAAAUGGUGGCCAAAAAUGACAUUGGAAGUCAUUUCCUGGUCAUUUCUGGCCACUCAAAACCACAGAGAGGCAAAUUUUGCUUAUUUUUCUACCUGUGGAUAAUGAAACUGGGUCUCUUUAAGACCCAAUUGUGGAUGCCCAAAACCAUGAUCCGCGAGUCUGCGGAGAACGAGAGCCACCUGUACCUGCCCUUUAGAGUGAGAUAUGGGGGCGGGGGGGGGGAGCGCCCUCUUACCUGGCCACAAUAGCUUGCUAUAUGCAUUAAGAGAUUGUUUUGCAGUUCACAGAUCAGUAAAUCCACUGUAUGACAUUUCCCUGUGACACAGAAGAAAAACUAUACAGCAUCUUCUCCGAGUACCUUUCUCAAGCAUUUGUGUGUUUUUAUCAAACCAUUACAAGGCUCUGCUGCUUUUUAGUUAAAGCUGACACGUUGCAUAUAACAAGCCUCCCUGUUCUGUGAUGUCUGGUCACUGAAAAGAGAAAAGGAAAGCGAGUGUGAGAGCUUUUACAACCUGAUUAGAAAUGUAGGGAAAUCUACAGUCCUCCCUUGGACAACUAAAUCAACCGUUGCAGGCUGCUCUGUAAAUACAUAUUAAAGUAUCAUUUUGUAAUUUG